CACUGGCUGGCUGUCCCCUGUUAAGGGCGUGUUUGCGGAACUUCACCUAAACAGGCGGGCGCGGUCCAGGCCAGGCAGACGUCUCUAAUAUACUGUAGACUAAUGUUUAAUCUACAGUAGAUAUGGAUUUCGACACGUUAUUUAACGAAAAAACAUUUCAGUUUUCGGACUUCCAGGAGUUCACGUUUCUUCCUGGACAUCAAAAAUUGACUGAGCGAGUAAGAAAGAGACUGUACUAUGGCCUGGACAAAGAUGUUUCUUUAGAUGCCCUGUCUUGUCCUGUCACAGAUAUCGCUGUCGAAAUCUUCCAGAAGUCUGCCCCAAGCCCAAUAAGAAAGCUCCAGAAGAAAUAUGCUGCUCAUGUUGCCAGGGAGGCUUGCAUCUCACCAUGUGCCAUGAUGCUGGCUUUGGUUUACAUUGAAAGGCUCCGACAUAGAAACCCCGAAUACCUGCAAAAGAUCUCCUCUUCUGACCUUUUCCUGAUCUCGAUGAUGGUUGCCAGCAAGUACCUGUAUGAUGAAGGUGAGGAAGAAGAGGUGUUUAAUGAUGAAUGGGGAGCAGCUGGGAAACUGGACGUCCAAACUGUCAAUAACCUGGAAAUGAAUUUCUUGAACGCCAUUGAAUGGACCCUUUUCACAGAGCCCAAUGACUUCUUUGAUAUAUUAAGCCAGCUGGAAACCAGCAUUGCGGAACGGCAGGGGAUGAAACGUGGCUGGUUUACCUACACUGACCUCUGUGUGCUGCUGGAGCAGUCUGCAUGGAGUCAAGCCCUUACUACCCUUUAUCAGCACUUUACAAAGGUUUCUUGUGUGCUCAGCCUGGUUUAUCUAACCAGUAUAGCUGGCCUUAUUGCUACCAGUGCUGUCCUGCACCAGCUCAGUCUCUGCAGAAGCGGCCAGUCCCUGUUGUCUCCACCCAAUGAAGUCAGCUUCACCCAUCUCCAGACUUCCAACCUAAGUCCAGAAGCUCCUGCUCCAACCCGCCACCUCCCUUGUUGUGUCUUGGCUAACAAAAGUCUGAACCGUCAGACUGGUGCACUUAAAAGCGGCCAACACCACAGACAAAGUCCACCUUUGUUGUCUGCACACAAAUCUGUUAUGUGUCUUUGGGGUUCCUUUCUUGCCUCAGUGGGUCAUAUGCAUCCACAAAGGAAGGCUGAAAUGGAAGCUCCUCGGUCCUGGUCUGCUGCCUCUUUCAUCUGUCCUGGCUGUUACCCAACCCCCUCUCAUGUUCAGUGUGAGCUUGGAAACACCACAGCAGUCUUCAGCCCUAGUCCUUUGGACAACCGUCAACCGCUACCGUGGCUGUCCUCUAGCCUGCAUGGAGCUGCCGAACCACAUCUGGAUUUCAAUUUGGGGGUUCUUCCUCCUGUGCAGCUGCACCCCUGCCAUUCGCCAUGCAUGUUGCCUGUUGACAAAAUCCAAGCACUUCUCAUGCCUGGUUAGCGAUAUCAUAGCCUGUCAACCUGCAGUGAUCGACUUUGGAAAUCGAACCAGCAUUAUUUUCAUGACUCGUUAACCUUUCCAAGUUAUGUGUUUGUUUAUUUUUGCAGAUGUAGAAUACAGGUGCACUUUACAGGAAGGUUUGUGCUGAUACAGCACAGGGUGAAAAUUCAUUUAUAGUUCAGUACUGCAGAGUAAGUCGAAUACGAGAGUGCAAGUGACACUCCCACUUCUUGUUUUUUCUGCAGGCACCACAAGAAAUAUGGAGAAAAUUUAAUGUUUUCUUUAGUGGCAACAAAACUGCUCUGCUCUUCACAUUUAUCAUAGUUUAAAUGUGUCAGAUGAGGGGUGAAGGGUCUUUGUCAAUAAUGUCUUUUGAGUUGUUACAUUGCAGCCAUAAUGUAUAAGCUGUUAACUAUUUGGCAGGUUCAUGAUUGUGCGUGUGUGUGUGCGGGUUGCACAGCAUAUCUAUAAGUUGAGGGCUUCACCAUAUUUUUUUUUCUUUAAAUAAUCUGGCUCUGUAAGGAAGGACAAAGCUCAUUUAUUCUAUGCUUUCCCUCCCUAUUUACUCUUUACAAGCUUGUUAUCUUCAAGCACGUUAGAUUUUGGUCAAACUCAUGCUGCAAGCACUGAAUUUUGUACGCCAUUUUUUUUCUUUAUAUUACAAAACCUGUCCUAGUUAACUUUCCACUUUAUCCAAGAGAUUGAACGGGAAGUACAGUAAAGUAAAAGUAGUCUCCGUAUCUCAAUGCAACAGUCACUAGCCUCACAGAAAUAAUAACAUUAUUUUAAAAUAUUUAGCAUAUUCUCUAGUCAUAGUUCACCAGAUUUUCUGCGUCUAUUGGAUGCCACAUGAUCUUACAGCCACUUUUUUGUGACAGGGUUAAAGCCAAAUUGAAGUUUUUCCACCAUGCUGAAGGUGUUUAAAGAAUAAGCUAUGUGGGUUUUUAUGCAGUUUAAAGCUGGUUUUUGGUUUUGUGUAUGACACGUUAAAGGUUAACUGCAGUGUUCUUUCUUUGAUUUGAUCUGGUAUUUGCACUUUUGGCUCUGUUUUCAUCACAUCUUUUCAUUAAGGCUUACUACUUUUUCCCCAUCUCUUUAAAAACACCAGAGGAAGAUUUUGAAAAAUAAUUUUUAUGUGCCCAGUUAAACAUGGACAUUUACUUUUGUUAUUGAACCUUUGACUAAUAGCUCUGAGCAUUUGAAUUUGAUACACUUUGGAGCACAAAGAAGUAUAAUUUUGUACAUGGUGUAAAAUGCAAAUAUGGUAAAAGGUGUUGAAAUACCUAGAAUUAAUAAAUGCUUUUCUUUGAA